AUGGACGGAAGACAAACGGACUAUCCGCAGACAGGUUUGAACUCGCCCUACCCAACCUUCCCUGAACCGCCUUCUGAGGGUACCUCUGCAGAUCAAGCAUCUGCUGCGCAAUAUCCUCAAGGACAAGAUCCGCGAGCUUCCAACUUCUCUUCGUCGGCCACUCCCACCUCCGAAUACACCAUCACCCCGUCCUCUGCCCGCUCAGGGUCUUUUCCGGAGUACAUUCAACGUCCAUACCAGCCCGGCGCGCAAGGUGCAGCAGCUGGAGGUAUGGCGCAACCACAAAGUCCGUCAAUGCCUCUGCAAGAUGGCCAGAACAAUGACCAUCAACCACAACAACUCAAGUCUGACUCGGAUGUACCUAUAGAUCCAUCGAUCGCGGCGGCGACGAGCCCCACCUACCCGCAACACCAACAGUACUCGCCGUACACCCCGCACCACGACAUGCAGCAUUACCCAGGCCAUCCCACUACCCCAAUGUAUGCCUCGCGACCAGAAUGGGCCGGGCAGUACCCUCAGCACGGAAUGCCCUACGGCCAUCCUUCGACAUCUGGUCCGCCUGCGCCAGCCAUGGUAUCUCCAGUCCAGCGCCCUCCAACGCACAAGCGACCGCGGCGACGAUACGAAGAAAUCGAGCGCAUGUACAAAUGCGGCUGGAAUGGCUGCGAGAAAGCUUAUGGCACUUUGAAUCAUCUGAACGCGCACGUCACGAUGCAAUCGCACGGUGCGAAGCGCACGCCAGAAGAAUUCAAAGAGAUCCGCAAAGAAUGGAAGGCCAAGAAGAAGGAGGAGGAAGCUGCGCGCAAGGCUGAAGAAGAGAGACAUCGCGCCGCCGAUCAGAACCGCGCCCACGAUAACGGUGCCGAAGGCCCAGUCUAUGGUCAGAUGCGACAAGCUGUCGGGGUGCCUGGGCAAGCGCCUGGUCACCCUCAACUGCCCCCAAUUGGGUACCAGCCUGCUGCGUCUGGCAACACGUCAGCUCCCCAGUAUGGCACGCAGAGCCCUGGUCUUGCCGAAGGCAUGGCGCAUAACAGCAGCAGUUAUCCUCAGUCGCCAUACGGCUCGAACCCGCAGAUGUACCAGCAAGGUCAUUAA